AGAGUACAUAAAAGAGAGCCUCCAAUUCCAAUUCAUAAAUCUUAAAAGCCGCCAAUUUUCCAUGUGAAAGGUCUCACAGACCAAACCGCUUCACCAUAAAUUUCAAAGCGUUUCUCUCUUUUCAGUGAUCCUUUAUUUCAUUCAUUAAAAACAUUCUAACUUCAGUUUUUUGACCUUUUAAUUAUAACUUUAGUUUUCAUAACUUAACUUCAAAGUAUAUGAGCAGUUUCAAAAAAGCCAUAAACAGAUCUAUUCCAAACGUAUUCUUUUAACCAUUCAUUAGCCUUUGUUAUCAAGAAAACCUUUUUAAUAUUCUUAUUCCACAUAUAUAGAAAAAUCCAUCUUUUCAUUUUUCUUCUGUAGAUUUCAUUUCAGAAACAUGAAGAACUCAAAUAAUCAUAAUUCGUUAAACUCGAUUUCCAGACAUUUCAAUUCUCAUCUUCAUCUCAUUCGUUUCCUCAGCUAUCUCCUCCUUUUCACCUGCGGUGUUACAAUUGGAAUCAUCUUCAGUUUCUAUCUGAAAAGCUGCAAUUUCAGUUUCCAAUUCACGCAAUUUUCACUGUCUGCAUCACAAAAAACAACACUGUCACCGCAGAUAAUCGUAACACCGAGAGUAUCUAAUUCCAGCCUCAAUGAUAGUCAUGUAGGGCUGAAGAGUUUCAUUGAGCCUUCUCAUGUUGUACAUGAUUUGUAUGAUGAAGAACUGUUAUGGAGAGCUUCGUUGACUCCUAAGAUAGGCGAAUACCCGUUCGAUCGAGUUCCGAAGGUGGCCUUUUUGUUCUUGGUAAGGGGUCCCGUGCCUUUGGCUCCUCUGUGGGAAAAGUUCUUUGAAGGGCAUAAAGGGUAUUACAGUAUUUAUGUGCACUCUAAUCCUUCUUACAAUGGUUCAGAAAUGGAAAGUCCUGUGUUUCAUGGCAGGAGAAUUCCUAGCAAGAAAGUGGAAUGGGGAAAGUUCAACAUGAUUGAAGCCGAGCGUCGCCUGCUAGCAAACGCGCUUCUCGACAUCUCAAACCAACGAUUUGUACUCAUAUCAGAAUCCUGCAUACCACUCUUCAACUUCUCAACAGUCUACUCUUAUUUAAUGAACUCGACGCAAAGCUAUGUCAUGGCUUACGACCAGAAGAGUUCGGUUGGACGUGGACGGUAUAGAAUUAAAAUGUCACCUAAGAUCAAACUCAGUCAAUGGAGAAAAGGGUCUCAAUGGUUUGAAAUGGACAGAAAGCUUGCACUAGAAGUAAUAUCAGACAGAACAUAUUACCCGGUUUUUGAAAAGUACUGUCAGGGUUCAUGUUAUGCAGAUGAGCAUUACUUGCCGACUUUUGUUAGCAUAAAGUUUUGGGAGAGGAAUUCUAACAGAAGUUUGACUUGGGUUGACUGGUCUAAGGGUGGACCACACCCAGUUAAAUAUGUGAGACCAGAAGUUACUGCUGAGUUUUUGGAGAGUUUGAGGAACCAAACAUGCAAGUAUAAUGGAAACAGCACAAAUGUUUGUUUUCUGUUUGCUAGAAAAUUCUUGCCUACUUCAUUGACAAGGCUCAUGAGGUUUGCUCCAAAGGUCAUGGACUUAUAAUUAAUUUAGUUACCAGUUACAACUGUAUAAAUCAUUUAAUUCAUUAAUUUCUUUCUCCAAUCACCAUAGAGUUCACUUGCUUCAUGGACUUGGUGAGUUUUUGUAUUGGUAAAUUUAUAUAAGUUACGAUACACAUCAAUUAGUGAACAAAUUAAAUAAAAGAAAGUUUGUGGACCAAAGCAAAACGUUGUAUUUAGUGUCCUCUUGCAUACUUUAAAUAUGGUCAAAAAUAGCAUCUACAUGCUUUCAUAUAGAAAAACUCAUUUAGAUUACGUAGACCAAAUGAAAUAAAUAAGUGCUUCUCUAAUUCGGCACCAAUUCUAAAAAGGUAGGUUAUUAUAUCUCUAUAUAUGUUUUGAACAUGUCAUGUUACAUUUAUGAUCUUGGAUCAAAAUUGAACUUUUUUAGAUUUUAAUUCAAAUAUAGAGUUUUUUAAGUGCCUGUUCAAAGGUUCAAUAAUUAUAGUCUAGAUAGGGAAAUGAUUCCCCAGACCGCCUGCGAGAUAGGUCGUACCUAUCCUAGAUGAGGAAAUAGGACAUUUCAAUUGAAGAUCAAUCGGACAGAUUCUUGCAUCUCACGUCGUUUAAUAAACGAGAAGUUAUAAUCGUCCUACUAUAUAAAAGGGAGAACGCGUCAUUUAUCAGGUAUUUCGAAUUCAAAUUUCAUUCACUUCAUCUCACUCUCAUACUGACUUGAGAUUUGAAGUGCUAACCUUGUAGAUCAGUCAUUUCUCCAUCGUUUCAGAAACUCGAGUCCACUGUUGCGAUCCACAUCAAUCGUUCACGGGUCAAUUUUGGUUCUAGUAUGGAACUGUGAAGCCGACUGUGGGGAUCGACAUUUGGUUCCCACCUUUUCACUUUCAAACAUUCAUCCUUCGAUUUACUGAAUUGAAGCUUCUUCGACCUAGAAAUUCAUAUCUCUUGAAUUUUAAUUGUAGGUCUCUGCUCUUGAUCUUCUCCGAUCGAAGAUUGAUAAUGUUUCUUAUAUCUCCUUCCAUAUCUAGCAAUGGUGGCAAAUUCUAGAGCUACUCGCUCCGCUGCACAAUGUGAAUCAGCCACAACCACAGCCACCGCCGCUCGAGAUGUCAAGGAUCCACCACCUCUCCCUCAAAGCGGUGGUGAUCAAAUCAUCUUGGAUUAUCCAUAUGCACUUCCGCCUCAAGAUCUUGUCCAACCUAGGACAUCUCCAAGAGUCUUCAACCUGUCCCAUUCUUAUGAUCCCUUCCACAACUUCAUCUAGGCGAAUCAUUGUUCAGGCCUCUAGCGUCGUUGAUGGUACCUAGAUUAAAAGCACCCUUGGUUUUCAGUUGUUGCAAAUUAACCUCGUAAUAGAAGGUUCUAAACAAUUGUUGAACAAUAUUUACGUAAUGGUUUAACAAUUGAAUUUGCAAGCCUUAUCAAAAAAAUUACUACGCAUCGAAGAAAGCUUACACCAUGCAAAUCUGAAGAGCAACACAGUAUAAAAGGAUGUUUCCCAGAGGAAUCAAACCGCCCUCCUCGAACUGCAAACAUCUUGUCAGAAAGUUGUUCCUAAAUUUCCAAGCCACCGAAGAAUCCAGAGGCACUCAAAUCCUCCUCUCGGUCCUAAAGGAGGACAGGAUGGGGCAAUCACACUUUUCCCGAAGUGCGUCGUCCUCAAAAGUAGGAAGAACAAGAGGAACGGCCUCCUAUUAAAUAUCGAAAGAAGAAUCCUUUCUCUGCUCGUAUUUUGGAUAGUCGAAUUUCGAAGUCGCUAGAGAAGCCUCCAAAGCUUUAGAGUUACAAUGGAACUAGAGAUCCAGAUGAGCAUGUACAACAUGUAGACGAGCGUUUAGAUUACUAUCAUGCUCAUGAAGCUGCAAAAUACAAACUCUUUGCAUUAUCUUUAAUUGGAUCAGCUAUGGUUUGGUUCAAAUAUCUUCCAGAUGGAAGCAUAGAGUCAUAGACCGACUUGUGCGAGUAUUUCACCACUCGUUUCAUUGCCUAGAAGAUGCAACCUACAACGAUAGUCAUGCUCAGGGAGAUCAUUUGAGGGAAGAAUGAGAACUUGCGAGUGUAUAUGGACCACUUUACAAUAGUAGAUGUAGAGGUGGGAGGCUUUGAUGAAAGCCUCAUAUGUUGGAUUUUAAAAAAUCGCUUAAAGGAAAAAAAUGUCUUCAGAGAGAAGUUAGGCCGUAAGGAACCCCACAACUUGAAAGAUAUAAAGAAUAGAACCUUAGCCCUUUAUUAAUCACGAGGAGAAGCUCAUUCCCUUAGGAAUAAUUGGGUACCAGCUGACGUACGCUCCAAUCGAUCAUCAAGAAAAAAGAAUCCAAUCGACACAAAGAGCAAGGUGACUCUGGGCCCCGCACCCAAUUUAACAAAUACACUCCCUUCAACACCUCUUGGUAGAGGUGGCAAAACGGCCUGUAGUCUGCGCACCCGCCAAAAAUUGGCAGGUUGGGUUAGGAUUUUGGGUCCGCCGCCCACCAAAUCCCAUCCCUUCAAAGCCUGUUGUAACACCCCUUUUCUAACCCCAAAUAGUUCAAUACAAUAACAUAGUAAUAUAGCAUGCAUAUAACGAAAGGGUGCCACAUGUCGUUUCCAUAGAAAUGAAAGCCAACAACAAACAUACAAUCACAUACAUCUGAUCACAAUUAUAACACAUUU